CUUUGAAAUCCAAGGAACUAAUUACCCAUUUCAAAACAGAAGCCAACCCGCCAUGCAAACCAUUUCUUCUUGUGUCUUCCUUUUGGUUUGUGUCAUCUUCUUGCUUCUUUCUGAAAAUGCUAAAAUAGCUGCUGCUGCAGCUGGGAACAAUGGCGUUUAUAUCGUCUACAUGGGAUCCGCGUCCAGGACUGAUUUCCUUCGCCUUCUUACCUCUGUCAACAGGCGGAAUGGAAACGCAGUGGUGCGGACUUAUAAACAUGGGUUCACAGGAUUCGCAGCUCGUCUGUCAGAGCAGGAAGCCCAUGCCAUGAGACAAAGGCCUGGAGUUGUUUCGGUCUUCCCAGAUCCAAUACUGAAGCUCCACACAACUCAUUCAUGGGAUUUCUUGGUCAGUCAGACAAGCGUCAAAAUCGACAGCGCUCCCAAGGCAGAUCCCCCGACCUCUUCCUCUCAGCCGUUCGAUACCAUUAUCGGCAUCUUGGACACCGGUAUCUGGCCGGAAUCCGAGAGUUUUAGAGACGAGGGCAUGCCUCCGAUACCGUCGAGGUGGAAAGGUACGUGCAUGGCUGGCGAUGACUUCACUUCCUCCAACUGUAACAGAAAAAUCAUUGGAGCAAGAUUUUACGAAAGUUCUGAGAGCGACGGGAUAAGGUUCCACUCACCUCGAGACGGAGCUGGACAUGGAACCCACGUGGCUUCAACAGCGGCCGGCAGUGCCGUGGCUAAUGCAUCCUACUAUGGCCUCGCAGCCGGGACGGCCAAGGGCGGCUCCCCCGGCUCAAGGAUCGCCAUGUAUAGAGUCUGUAUGGCCGAUGGUUGUCAUGGAUCGUCAAUCCUGGCAGCGUUUGAUGAUGCCAUUAACGAUGGGGUCGAUGUAUUAUCCUUAUCUCUCGGUGCGCCCAACUACUACAAACCGGAAUUGACGACCGACCCCAUUGCCAUCGGAGCCUUUCAUGCAGUUGAGAAGGGGAUUACAGUUGUCUGCUCUGCUGGAAACGACGGCCCCACUCCGGGAUCGGUGGUGAACGACGCGCCAUGGAUUCUAACAGUGGCUGCCUCCACCAUUGAUAGGGAUUUUGAGUCUGAUGUUGUGCUGGGCAACAAAAAAGUGAUCAAGGGAGAAGGUAUAAAUUUCUCUGCUCUUGAAAGCUCUCCUGUAUACCCGCUGAUACAUGGCAAAUCGGCCAACAAAUCGAGUACCAGUGAAGACAGUGCGAGGAUUUGUUCUGAAGGCUCCAUGGACGAAGCUCUUGUGAAGGGGAAGAUAGUUAUUUGUGAGAGCAGUGAGGAAGGAGGCGGUUCCUAUUGGCAAGGUCAGGCUGAGACAGUGGAGAGCCUUGGAGGGGUCGGGAUAGUUCUGAUUGAUGACCAAACAAAGCUAGUGGCAGAGAAAUUUACUUCUCCCAUCACCGCUAUUAGCUCAAAGGAUGGCGAUGAGGUCCUUGCCUAUGUUCACUCAAGCAGGAACCCAGUUGCUACAAUCCUGCCCACCCUGACCGUAAUAAACUAUAAGCCAGCGCCCGCUAUAGCAUACUUUUCAUCCAGAGGGCCCAAUCCCGCAGUAUUAAACAUGAUCAAGCCGGACAUAUCAGCACCAGGAGUGAACAUUCUUGCAGCCUGGCUUGGAAAUGACACGAACUCUACUCCGCAACCAGAAAAUUCGCCGCUCUUCAAUGUGAUCUCAGGAACUUCAAUGUCCUGCCCGCAUGUCUCCGGCGUAGUAGCCAUGGUAAAAUCUCAAAACCCCACAUGGAGUCCCUCAGCAAUCAAGUCGGCCAUCAUGACAACAGCAAUCCAAACGAAUAACUUGGAAUCACCGAUGACUUUGGAUACGGGAUCAGUAGCUACACCUUAUGAUUAUGGGGCAGGAGAGAUAUCAACCACCGGAGCAUUAAAACCAGGACUAGUCUAUGAAACUAGUACAACUGACUACUUAAUCUACCUUUGUGGCCGAGGCUAUAACCGGUCCACCAUAAAGAGCAUCGCAAAUACUGUUCCUGAUGGGUUUGAUUGCCCCAAGGAUUCUAAUGCAGACUACAUAUCCAACAUGAACUACCCAACAAUAGCAGUGUCCGAAUUGAAAGGCAGCGAAAGCAAGAAAAUAGUGAGAACAGUUACAAAUGUUGGUGGUGAUGGUGCAACAGUUUACAAAGUCAGUGUGGACGCACCUGGGGAAGUAGAUGUCAAAGUGAUUCCAGAGAAAUUGGAAUUUUCAAAGAACAAUCAGAAGCAGAGUUACAAAGUGGUGUUCACCUCAACUGUGUCCACACUGAAGAAAGAAGCCUUUGGUUCAAUAACUUGGAGCAAUGGAAAACAUCGAGUCCGGAGUCCAUUUGUGGUAACCAGUGAGAGUAGUAAGUCAGAAGAUUAGAGAACUAAUUGCAAUUAACCAGCUCGAAAGUUGUGUAGUGCUCAAAGUCAUCUGUUUCAGUUUGAACUAUGUUGCCUUCUGAAUAAACGAAGUUGAUGAUGUUUUAGAUGUCUAA